AGAUGGAGUUCUUCAACACCUACAGCGACCUGGGCAUGUCAAGCUGGGAACUGCCUGACUUGAGGGAAGGGAGAGUAAAAGCCAUCAGUGAUUCAGAUGGGGUGAGCUACCCCUGGUACGGGAACACCACAGAGACUGUGACCCUGGUUGGCCCCACCAACAAGAUCUCCAGGUUCUCCGUCAGCAUGAAUGAUAACUUUUACCCCAGCGUGACAUGGGCAGUGCCAGUGAGUGACAGCAACGUGCCACUUCUCACCAGGAUCAAGAGGGACCAAAGUUUUACCACCUGGCUGGUAGCCAUGAACACCACCACGAAGGAGAAGAUCAUUCUGCAGACCAUCAAGUGGAGGAUGAGAGUGGACAUCGAAGUGGACCCUCUUCAGCUGUUAGGGCAACGGGCCCGGCUAGUGGGCAGGACUCAGCAGGAGCAGCCCCGGGUUCUGAGCCGGAUGGAACCCAUCCCCCCUAACGCACUCGUGAAGCCUAAUGCCAAUGAUGCCCAGGUCCUCAUGUGGAGGCCCAAGCGGGGGCCGCCCCUGGUUGUGAUACCUCCUAAGUAGACGCGGACUGCCCAGCUGUGUGUGGAACACGUGCCACGGAGACACGCAGUGGGGUUGCCAGGGGUGGCAGGAGCCAAACUGAGUUUCUGAGCCAAAGCAGACCUCUUGGUUUGCCAGCCUCUGCAGCUGCUUGUGAAGAGUCCAGCUGCUCCUUGGGUGGUAGAACCAUAACCCUUAGGAAAAGCCCCUUCCUCUUAGGAAUAAAGAAAUCACUGAUUUGACAGACUUGCUGUGAUUACCAUGCAAGUAGCCAUAUUUUGCAGCUGACCGGGAUGAUUCUUUAUUUGAACUAUUGACCAUUUCUUUCCUGUGAGAUGCAGGGGAGGUAAAUGAAACUAAACAGUGCCUGUGGCGGAUGCUGCUUCCCAACCAAUUAGAAGCGCGCGUGGAAACAUCCACCACCAGGUGUUCGUAAGACAGUCCCCCGUGUGUGACUGGAGGGUGUUGGGGAGUUGGGUGAAAGAUACUGGGUGAUGGGGAGAGAGAAGAAGUUGUUGCUACAGAUUAAUAUCAAAUAAUAGUUGAUGAUCAGCUUGUCAGCACGUUCUCCGUUCUCCGGAAUGAGGGGAACACUUAAAUGGGGGGAAACGGUAGUGCCUGCCCUUGGCGCUGUCUGAGUGCUGCCCUAGGAGCUGUCCAAAGUGCUGAUGUCCGCAGCCCUAUUGGAGACUGGCUGCUUCCAUACACUCUUUCCAAGGAGAUGGUUCAUUCUAAGUGUUAGUCACAGUAUUGGCUAUGUAGUUCCUGUUUUCUGUAGUAGCGGUGGCACUGGGUCCCUCCCGAGUUUUUAGUGACUCAGUCUGUGACUUUGUUUACAGCUACAAAUUCUUCACCAGCCCUUGGUUUACAAAGAUGUACAGCCUCCCGUCCUUGCAGGGUUUCGGGAACAUCUCCACAAAUGAGAACAGUACUUUCGAGUUUUAAUCUCUGACUUGUUUGGGCACAGGAAGUGUACACGUCUGUGCAUGCACAUGUGUUCUCACACACCAGUAUUGAGAGAUAAUAACAACCAGUCUUGCCAGUAGUGCCUGAAUAUUCAUCUAUGGCCUUUAAACACACAUAGUAUGUACACCGUAAGUCCACAUAGGUUAACUUCAGCUAUACUUACAAAAAUUCAACUUUAACUGCUUGUCCAGCUGUAGGAAGGAAGUGUUUCUUACUUCUUUAGUGAAAAUCUGAGUAUUUUCUUGAUAUAAUAAUCAAGAAAUUAAUAAUAAUAAUAUUAUUAUUAAUAAUAAGUUAAUAUAAGCAAACUUAUAUAAUAAGUUAAUUAUAUAACUUAUAUAUAAGUUAAUAUAUAUAAGUUAUAUAUAAUAUAACUUAUAUAUAUAAUAUAACUUAUAUAAUAAGUUAAUAUAAGCAAACUUGUAUUAACAGAGAUCCAGCCAAUAAAAGUGGGAAGCCAGAGGUCCUUUAGUCUGGCUGUGUAAAACUUUCUAAUGAGUUUCCAGUAUUUACAGUGGUAAGAUUUCCAACCCUUUCAGCCUAAAUCACCCCCUCCCAGAAAAGGGCUUUCCUUGUUAUUCUCAGUAGUGCAGGUUGUGAGAUGGAGCCUUCUUUGUUCUAAAACUCCCCAUGAGAACAAACUACAGAACUCUCACAAUGUUGUACAUUGAAUAAGUAAAUUCUUCAAGCUUAAUUUCAGAAGUGAGAGAUUCCAUGUCUGGAGCCAUUAUACCAAUCCUGUCAUUGAUUCCAAGCCUGCCAGAGUUUGGGGACAGAGAAUGUGAACUGGGAAGGCUUGUCCAUUGCUUUUGUUUAAAAUGCACUGUAGUCUAAUUGCUUUUAUGCUCUAGUCCCAGAGGAUGCGACUCAAAAUUAUAUAGCACUAACUUCACACCCCAACCAUCAGCUCCUCUCUCAUAGACUAGUAAUUGAUGGCAAGUCAUUUAUAACAACACAUUAAUGUCCAUCUGUGAGUUGCAAAGACUCUUCUAUUUAGAAAUGAUUCAGCCGUUAUUUUUGUUGUUUUCUCUGUCCUUUCUCAUGCUUCCCUACUUCUUUAUGGCAGAGCUGACCUCAGAGAGCUACAAACUGAAGAAUAAAGCUGCUUAUUUUCCAUGCUGACAUCAGAAGCACCAAUCUCUCCCUCAUUGAAUUAGAUGCCACUUUUGUGAGAUUUGGGGCAGUGGAUGCUGAUCUUGGAAUCCAAGCCACAUAGCCCCACUUUAAGAAAACCUGAUUUUUUUCCCACAUCUAAAAUUGUAACAACAGAUGAAUAAGAAAGAGUUUAUAUUAAAAAUCCUAUGCAAGGUUUCAGUCUUUAAAUGUCCCUCGCACAUUAAGAUAUGAGUCACACAAUUAUAUUUCCAUAAAAUAUAGCUUUUCAAAGACCUGUCUAUACUUAUAAAGCAAGGUGCAGCAUGCUUACCCAAGCUUAUUCCUACUUAAAAAGAAUCACUUCAGAUUUUUAAAAUAAACUACCCCCAGGUGGUUUUCUGGGGAAUGAUGUAAUAACAAUUGAGAAAAAAAUAUAUGGAAAAGGGCUUAUAAAAGGUAAAAUCACUAUGCAAAUAUGCAUUACUGCUGUCAUUUUUUUUUUACUUCUGUAAACUCUCUCAGUCCUGAAGUCAACCUGGCAGAACGCUCAAUUACCCAGCAGCCAGUUAUGUUAAAGUUAUCAUUGUUUUACACGGAGACGGCCCCUUUCUCUCCAUCUGUGGAUCACUGACUUUUAGCUUAGUCAGGAUAUUGCCAAGCAAAGGGCUCUCUUACAGGGGAGAGUUAACCUUGAGUUCUCUGCCGGGGGUCACCGGCAUUUUCCCAUCAGCCUGCAUUUCCCUUGAGAAUGGGGGUCUGAUGCCAGACGACAUCAUCAUCUCUGAGCCUUUGGUGUGAGUUGGGUGGUCUCUAAACUAUAUUUGGACUUUGUAUAGGUUCAUAGUUUCUUAGUGGCACAACAGUUUAAGACCUCCUGUAUUUGAAAGAACGUUUCAUCAGGUCUUAAAUCCUUAAAUGAGGUCACCUUUGAGAUCCUCUAGUCUAUGAUCUCCAAGGAAAUCGAGACCCUUUUAAAUUAGGUCAACUGCUCAGGAUCACAAACCUCAUGAGCACAGGCCUGAGUCUCCCAGACCUCAGCUUACAAUACAGGCAUGUUACCUGGGACCUGGGGUCUUUCCUUGUCUCCAGCCAGAAACACUGUUAUUGUUCCGGAAUCAUUCACCCACAAAUCAAUUAGCCUAGAAAUUAAAAACAAUUGGGUCCAGAGCCCUUUCCGUUAUAAUGUCAAAAAAGGAAUAUUCCAGAUUACUUUCUCUCUGUGACAGCUGUGUUGAUAGUGAACCCUUAAUCUGUUCUCUCCUGGUUGCAUACCACAUUGUCAGGGCAAUGCUGCCAUCCACAACACCUGGGAGGCUGGUGGCUGGUCCCCUGUCUGCCUUCCAGUCAAUGAAUCAUUUUGGAUCUCCCCGCCCCCCGAAAUAAAUACCUCAAAGGCCAAAGUCAUGGUCUAAGAAACAACUCUGCAUAGUAAAAUAAAACAGCAAUGAUUUAUAAAAGAUUUUGCAAAAGGCUUUCACACGCGUUUUCUCAUCCACAGUAUCGUAAGAAGUGUCAUUCGGUGGUGAUGGUGUUGGUGUUAUUGUCCUCAUUUUACAAGUAGCAAACUGAGACCAAAGAGGGUAAAUGAUGUAUCCACAGGCACACAAACAGGAAAAAUGCCAAAAGCCAGGAUUCAAACUGGGCCUUUUGGCUCAAUCCCCAUUUUCUCCCUCUGUAUGGUGCUGUCCCUUAGUUUACCCCUUAGCACAAAGGAGAAGAAAGAAAAGGAGAAGGCAGGUCACUGCCAUCUGCACAGUCAUGUAGUCCUCCCCUACCUACCAAGUGGAGUCAUUAAAAAUGAGAGAAUGAAAGCUGUUUUCUUCCUUAAAGAGCCUUGUAAUCCCCUGGGAGGUUGGCUCAGAAAAAUGCCUGUCAGGGACUGUGGUGUGGGGGAGGUGGCUGUCACUUGUAAUUAAUGGAGUAGGGAAAGCUGUUCCCCUGGUCUCCGAAUCCCUUAAACACCACCAGUACAAAGACAGGCAGGAAGCAUGCAUCCUACGGCUGAGGUCCCAGCUGAGCACUGCCCUGCCACCCGUGGUCCCUCAAUGCGUGCGCAGGAGCAGCCCAUGGGAUGGAGGCAGUGGGAACAAUGGCUUUCCAAGGCCUUCUUGGCACAUUGAGCGUUCUUGUUAAGAACGGAGGGCGCAAUUAAACAUCGCUAGAGCCAGCUCCCAACUGAGUUGCAAAGAAAGAUAUAAACACACACAUAUACACGCGCACACAUGCACGGACAAAGACCUCACACACUUUCCAGGCUGAAAAGAAAAUUAAUCAAAAACCCAAUGAACGCCUGAACUCUAUAAUUAAGCCUAAAUGAUCCUUAGAUAGAACAGGAGCUGAGUGAACAAGCUCAGUGAGCAAGCACACAGAUAUUUUUACCCUAGAGUCUUAUUGCCAUUAAUUUCUUUUGAGAUCUGGAGUACAUCUGGUCCCCAUUUCCCUGGUAGGACAUCUGCCUAUAGAAAGCUUCCCAGAGAGUUGCCAAGGUUAUCUGAUCAUUCCCAAGCACUGCUAUAGGAAUUCCUGUGGGGAAAUGUGGUAUCAUUGAUUCCCGAGUCAGCCAUACGCUCUCCUUUAACAAAGCCCAUGGCUAGCCUCAGUAGACACUGGC